AUGGAGAAAAAACUGUGCGGCGAAUGCAAACUCGAAAUCAACGACCUCGAGCCGUGCCGCGAUAAACUGAACGGCCGUUCGAUAAAUACUUAUGUGGCUGACGCACUAAACAGCCAAAACGCUCAAUCGCUACAGCUGGUUGAUUUGCCGUCUCAAGUGCAAAAAUUGUGCGAAAUGGUAGACGGAUUGAACAAUAAGGUUGAAAAUUCGACUACAAUUGACUCAUCAAAAUUCACUGACGACCACCAUGUAUUCUUUGGAGCCAGCCCGGGACGCACCGAAUCAAGCAACUUGGAAGCCCCUGACCCACUCAUCACAGUCGCGCUACUGCAGCCUGCGUUCAUCAGCCGUUCCGGUCCUGUGUUUGAGGAUGGAGAAGGGGUCUUCCAGCUUGCUCGUAUUGGCAAGUAUUUUACUAAUAGCAACAUUUCACCACUUGACAUUCCCGCACGUUUUAGUCAUCUACCAACGAAUCACCCAAUCAUUGAUGUCAAUUCUGGACUAUGCCCUGUGAACAACCUCACUGGACAGUGCGAAAUCACUCGCCACUUAAUGCCUGCUUCUGCGUCCCCUCCACGACGAGCUCUUCCACUGGGCGACGUUAGCGAACAGCAGACAGCUAGUACUGUUUUAUUUUCAAGCAACAGUGCCAUGCGAGUCGGCCGGCAACAAUGCGAUUCCCCGUGCAAUACUGACCUGCCAUCUCUACUCUGCUACUAUCAAAACGUGCAUGGCCUACGCAGUAAAGUAACCGAGUUUGCUUUAGAAGUUUCCAAUUCGUUUUACGACUGCAUCAUUCUCACCGAGUCCUGGUUGGAUGCGCAAAUUUCUUCUACUCAAUUGUUUGGCAUUGAUUAUACCGUGUAUCGGACAGAUCGUAGCUUGUUGAAUAGCACCAAAGCAAGGGGUGGUGGAGUAAUUAUCGCUGUGCGACGAUCGUUGGUAUCGGCAUUAUUAAUUGAAGCCAUGGAUGAGUCGCUUGAACAGCUGUGGGUUACGGUCGAAAAUGGUGCAUUUAACAUUGUAAUCGGCGAUUUUUACAUUCCCCCGAACAUGCGGAAUGAAGUUGAAAUUGUUGAUCGGCAUAUUUUAUCAGUUGAAAAGGUUAUCAAUUCAACUAGUAUUAACGACGAUCUGCUUAUCUUUGGCGAUUAUAAUCGUGCUGGUUUAUCCUGGUCGAUGCAGUCGGAGCCUAGUUAUCUCUUUGUUGACGCUUCGCGCUCAUCUGUGAAUGCUGGUAGCACCCGUUUAUUAGACGGUAUGGCUUUUCACAGUCUGUAUCAGAUUAAUUCUGUUUGCAACCUGAAUGGCAGGUUCCUUGACCUAAUUUUCGCAAACUCACAUGCUUUUCCAGCAUGCUCGGUCACUACCGCACCCGAUCCCCUCUGCAACAUCGACGUUCAUCAUCCACCUUUGAUGGUUACUUUUAAUAGGCCCGUUAAGGCUCAGUUCGUUGACGAGUUCGAUCCGUCCAGUUUUGAUUUUCGGCGUGGAAACUUUGAUGCAAUCAACGCAGCUUUAAAUGAUAUCGGUUGGACCUUCAUUAACCGGUGUGCUAACUUGGAUGAGGCCGUGAAUGGAUUCACUGAAACAGUUCAGGAGCUUAUACAUCGGCAUGUUCCAAAAGUUCGUCCUCGUUGCAAACCUGUUUGGGGAAACAGGCAGCUCACAAAACUUAAUCGAGUUCGAAAGUCAGCUUUGCGCGCCUAUCAAAAGAAUAGAAACCCUAUCAAUCGGAUCCGAUUUACUUCUGCCAGCCGUUCAUACAAAGCACUGAACAGAACUCUGUACACAAUGUACGUGCGAAAGACGGAACACAACUUACGUUUAAAUCCGAAAAGCUUCUGGAAGUUCGUUAAUUCGAAGCGUAAGGAGGAAGGGUUACCUUCCAGUAUGUUUUUGCUGAACAAUGAAGCUUCAACGAAUGACAGUAAAUGUGACUUGUUUGCCAAGCACUUCGCUAGCGUGUUUAAUACGCGGUGUGCUUCACCCGAUGAGAUUGCCACAGCUUUGGCUCCUGUUCCGGCCGACGUAUUCAAUACCGGAAUCCUCACGAUUACUAACGUAGAAGUUGCCAACGCCAUUAGAAACCUAAAACAGUCCUUCUCCCCUGGACCUGAUGGUAUUCCUGCUGUACUCCUGAAGAAAUGUGCUGGAAGUUUAGAAUUUCCGCUAACCGCCAUUUUUAAUCUCUCCUUGUUGAGACAUCAAUUCCCUCGCAGCUGGAAAGAAUCAUUGAUGUUCCCGGUGUUUAAGAAAGGUGACAAACGAAAUGUGAAGAAUUAUCGUGGGAUCUCGUGUUUGUGCGCUUGCUCCAAAGUAUUUGAAGCUAUAAUUCACCAUCAUCUUAUGUUCAGUGUAAAAAACUACAUUUCUACUGCGCAGCACGGGUUUUUCCCGGGUAGAUCUGUAUCUACUAAUUUGUUAGAGUUCACCUCUUUUUGCAUCCGCGGUAUGAACCGAUGCCUUCGAAUUGAUGCUGUCUAUACAGAUCUAAAAGCUGUAUUUGAUCGCGUUGAUCACGGGCUUCUUCGUGCCAAGUGCGACAAACUUGGAGCUGCAACUGGAAUGAAUGGUAGAGUGGCUAGACUCUUACCUACGUAA